AUGGCUCCUGCUUUGAGUAGAAGCCUAUACACAAGUCCUUUGACUUCAGUUCCAUUCACUCCAGCUUCUUCUCUCAGAAACCAAACCCGUCUCUCUCAUCUCAGAACCGCGUUCCUGCCUCGCGGCGUCGGCGGCGGUCUGAGAACCGGCGUUUCCUGUAGCUGGAACCUCGAGAAGAGAUGCAAUCGAUUCGCCGUCAAGUGCGACGCCGCCGUGGCGGAGAAGGAGACGACCGAGGAAGGGUCCGGUGAGAAGUACGAGUACCAAGCUGAGGUUAGCAGAUUGUUGGAUUUGAUUGUUCAUAGCUUAUACAGUCACAAGGAGGUGUUUCUCAGGGAGCUUGUAAGUAACGCAAGUGAUGCUCUGGAUAAGCUAAGGUUCUUGAGUGUAACAGAGCCUUCUCUGCUUGGAGAUGGUGGUGAGCUUGAGAUUCGGAUCAAGCCUGAUCCUGACAACGGCACAAUCACCAUAACUGACACUGGUAUUGGAAUGACAAAGGAAGAGCUUAUAGACUGCCUUGGAACUAUUGCUCAGAGUGGUACUUCCAAGUUCUUGAAGGCUCUAAAGGAAAACAAGGAUCUUGGUGCUGACAACGGUCUGAUAGGACAGUUUGGUGUUGGGUUCUACUCAGCUUUCUUAGUUGCUGAAAAGGUUGUUGUGUCCACCAAAAGCCCAAAAUCUGACAAACAGUAUGUUUGGGAGUCAGUAGCUGAUAGUAGCUCAUAUGUGAUCAGAGAAGAAACAGACCCUGAGAACAUUCUACGCCGUGGAACUCAGAUAACUUUGUAUCUAAGGGAUGAUGAUAAAUACGAGUUUGCGGAGUCUACAAGAAUCAAGAACCUUGUGAAGAAUUACUCUCAGUUCGUUGGGUUUCCCAUCUAUACAUGGCAGGAGAAAUCAAGGACUGUAGAGGUUGAAGAGGAAGAACCAGUUAAGGAAGGAGAGGAGGGAGGUGAGCCGAAAAAGAAGAAGACCACUAAAACUGAGAAGUACUGGGACUGGGAACUAGCCAAUGAAACAAAACCUUUAUGGAUGCGUAAUGCGAAGGAAGUGGAAAAGGAGGAGUACAAUGAGUUUUACAAGAAGGCUUUCAAUGAGUUCUUGGAUCCACUUGCUCACACACACUUCAACACAGAGGGUGAGGUUGAGUUCAGGAGCAUUCUGUACAUCCCUGGGAUGGGUCCUCUUAACAAUGAGGACGUUACAAACCCCAAAACAAAGAACAUUCGUCUCCAUGUGAAGCGUGUGUUUAUCUCUGAUGACUUUGAUGGAGAGCUGUUCCCAAGAUACUUGAGCUUUGUGAAGGGUGUAGUGGACUCAAACGAUCUUCCUCUCAACGUUUCACGUGAAAUUCUUCAAGAAAGCAGAAUCGUAAGAAUCAUGAGGAAGAGGCUCAUUAGGAAAACGUUUGACAUGAUUCAAGAAAUCUCCGAAAGUGAAAACAAAGAGGAUUACAAGAAAUUCUGGGAGAACUUUGGUAGAUUCCUUAAAUUGGGUUGUAUUGAAGACACUGGUAACCACAAGCGUAUCACGCCGUUGCUUAGAUUCUACAGUUCCAAGAAUGAAGAGGAAUUGACGAGCUUGGAUGAAUACAUCGAGAACAUGGGAGAGAACCAAAAGGCUAUCUACUACCUUGCGACCGACAGUCUCAAAAGUGCCAAGUCUGCUCCUUUCUUGGAGAAACUUAUCCAAAAAGACAUUGAGGUUCUAUACUUGGUUGAGCCAAUCGAUGAGGUUGCGAUUCAGAAUUUACAAACCUACAAAGAGAAGAAAUUCGUUGAUAUCAGCAAAGAAGAUUUGGAACUUGGUGAUGAGGAUGAAGUGAAGGAAAGGGAAACUAAACAAGAAUUCAAUCUUCUCUGUGACUGGAUAAAGCAGCAGCUCGGCGACAAAGUUGCCAAAGUCCAAGUCUCGAACCGUUUGAGCUCUUCUCCUUGUGUGCUUGUCUCAGGCAAAUUCGGUUGGUCGGCCAAUAUGGAAAGAUUAAUGAAGGCACAGGCUCUUGGAGACACUUCAAGCUUGGAGUUCAUGAGAGGUAGGAGAAUACUAGAGAUCAAUCCAGAUCAUCCAAUCAUCAAGGACUUGAAUGCUGCAUGCAAGAAUGCACCUGAGAGCAGUGAAGCAACAAGAGUGGUUGAUCUCUUAUAUGACACUGCUAUAAUCUCAAGUGGAUUCACUCCUGAUAGUCCUGCCGAGCUGGGGAACAAGAUUUAUGAGAUGAUGGCAAUGGCGGUUGGAGGAAGAUGGGGCCGAGUUGAAGAGGAAGAAGAAAGCUCGACUGUGAAUGAAGGAGAUGACAAAAAUGAGGAAGCAGCAGAAGUAAUUGAACCAUCUGAAGUCAGAGCAGAGAGUGAUCCGUGGCAAGAUUGA